GUCCCUUGGCCGCAGUGGUCACGUGACGUGGCGCGGGAGCGGCGCGCGGUGCGUCAGGGCCGCUGUGUGCGCCGGGGCCCAGCCGGCCGCUCCCGUGGAGGCCGCGAGCAGGCUCCGAGCUGCCUGGGCCCGGCCCUCUGCGGGGCUGAGGCGCACGGGAUGAGCGGGGCCGGUUCGGUGCCCGCACGGCGCGCGGUGCGGUUGCUCUGGGACAGCUUUUACCGUGAUCUGGUAGCGUGCCUUGUUGUAUGCACAAGAUGUCUUCAAGCGGCUGACAACUGCAAUCCAAGAUGAGAACUUACAAGGUGUACAAGCUCGUCAUACAUAAGAAGGGCUUUGGAGGCAGUGAUGAUGAGCUGGUGGUGAAUCCUAAAGUAUUUCUUCAAAUCAAGCUGGGAGAUGUUGUAGAAAUCGCCCAUCCCAAUGAUGAGUACAGUCCCCUGCUUCUGCAAGUGAAGUCACUCAAGGAGGAUUUGCAGAAAGAAACGAUAAGUGUGGAUCAGACAGUGGCACAAGUGUUCCGACUGCGGCCGUACCAGGAUGUCCAUGUCAAUGUUGUUGACCCAAAGGAGGUGACACUGGACUUGGUGGAGCUGACCUUUAAGGACCAGUAUAUUGGCCGUGGGGAUAUGUGGCGGCUGAAGAAGAGUUUGGUCAGCACAUGUGCGUAUGUCACCCAAAAAGUUGAAUUUGCGGGUAUCAGGGCCCAGGCAGGUGAACUGUGGGUUAAGAGUGAGAAAGUCACUUGUGGAUACAUCAGUGAGGACACCCGGGUGGUCUUCCGCUCCACUUCUGCUAUGGUUUAUAUUUUUAUCCAGAUGAGCUGUGAAAUGUGGGAUUUCGAUAUUUAUGGGGACCUGUACUUCGAGAAAGCUGUGAACGGUUUCCUUGCUGACCUCUUCACGAAAUGGAAGGAGAAGAACUGCAGCCAUGAAGUGACAGUGGUUCUGUUUUCUAGAACAUUUUAUGAAGCAAAAUCUAUAGAUGAGUUUCCCGAAAUGCAUCGUGCGUCAAUUCGGCAGGAUCACGAGGGAAGAUUUUAUGAAGAUUUUUACAAAGUUGUGGUUCAAAAUGAGAGGCGAGAAGAGUGGACUUCAUUGCUUGUGACCAUUAAAAAGCUCUUCAUCCAGUAUCCUGUUUUGGUGCGACUCGAGCAAGCAGAGGGCUUUCCUCCCGGCUACAAUUCCACUUCGGCACAAGGGAACUACCUGGAGGCCAUAAAUCUUUCAUUCAAUGUGUUUGACAAGCAUUACAUAAACCGCAACUUCGAUCGGACUGGCCAGAUGUCGGUGGUUAUCACGCCUGGUGUGGGUGUCUUUGAAGUUGAUAGACUCCUUAUGAUUCUGACCAAACAGCGGAUGAUAGACAAUGGAAUAGGUGUGGACUUGGUAUGCAUGGGAGAACAGCCGUUGCAUGCAGUACCGCUCUUUAAGCUUCAUAAUCGCUGUGGACCUGGUGACUCCAGAUUGGGUGAUGACUACAAUAUUCCACACUGGAUAAACCAUAGUUUCUACACAUCCAAAAGCCAGCUCCUGUGUAACAGCUUUACUCCACGGAUCAAGCUGGCAGGAAGGAAACCUCUGACCGAGAAAGCAAAAAGUAACCGAGAUGCCUCAUUAGGGGCUCCAAAAGAUUCUGAGAAUGCCCUGCCUAUCCAGGUUGAUUAUGAUGGCUAUGAUGCCCAGGUGUUCAGGCUGCCAGGCCCAUCCAGAGCCCAGCGCUGUACCACUUUCAGCAGAUCUGUGAGGGAGCGGGAAAGUCGUACCAGGAAGAGCUCCAGUUCCUGUGAUGUUUCGUGCAGCCCUUCUCUGCAGAGCCGCACACUGCCCCCCGAGGAGGUGAGGAGCCAGGCUUCCGACGACAGCUCCCUGGGCAAGAUCUCCAACAUCCUGAUGAUCCCACGGCCUCAUCUGCAUCAGUAUGAAGUCAGCAGCUCUUUGGGCUAUACCAGCACCAGAGAUGUCCUUGAGAACAUGCUGGAGUCUCAGCAACGCGACUCCAGUGCCCCUGGGAGGUUCCAUGUGGGCAGUGCAGAAUCCAUGCUGCACAUCCGGCCAGGGGGAUACGCCCCGCAGCGAGCACUCAUCAACCCCUUUGCCCCAUCCCGCAUGCCCAUGAAGCUCACGUCUAACAGGAGACGCUGGAUGCACACUUUUCCUGUGGGUCCAUCAGGAGAAGCUAUCCAGAUCCAUCACCAAACCCGUCAGAAUAUGGCAGAAAUGCAGGGCAAUGGGCAGCAGGACUUGACGCAUUCCUCUGCGGAGCUGCUGGAGCUGGCUUACCACGAGGCCACUGGCAGGCACAUCACCUCUCGGCAUCCAGGAGACAGUGCCUCUUUCCUGAGCUUCAGCGGGGCGGAGGAGUACUCCAGUGGUCUGUCUGGCAGCAGCAAUGCAGGGAUAAAUCUCAAAACUCAGAACAAGGAUUCCUUGGAAGAUGCAGUCUCCAACUCUUUGGAUCCAAUUCUGACACUGUCUGCUCCCCCCGUAGUGCCAGGCUUCUGUUGUACAGUUGGAGUGGACUGGAAAUCCCUCACUACUCCGGCAUGUCUCCCGCUUACCACGGACUACUUCCCUGACCGCCAGAGCCUGCAGAACGAUUACACGGAGGGUUGCUAUGAUCUCCUCCCAGAAGCUGACAUGGACAGGAGAGAUGAGGAAGGAGUGCAGAUGACAGCCCAGCAGGUGUUUGAGGAGUUCAUUUGUCAGCGGCUCAUGCAAGGCUAUCAAAUUAUUGUGCAACCCAAGCCACAGAAACCUGCCACUGCCGUGCCACCCCCGCUCAGCAGCAGCCCCCUGUACAGUCGAGGUCUGGUAUCCAGAAAUCGGCCUGAGGAAGAAGAUCAGUACUGGCUGAGUAUGGGCCGUACUUUCCACAAAGUAACAUUAAAAGACAAAAUAAUUACCGUGACUCGAUACCUGCCAAAAUACCCAUACGAGUCUGCUCAGAUAAACUACACUUACAGCUUGUGCCCCUCACACUCGGACUCUGAAUUUGUCUCUUGCUGGGUAGAAUUUUCCCACGAGAGACUGGAAGAGUAUAAGUGGAAUUACUUGGAUCAGUAUAUCUGCUCUGCUGGCUCGGAGGAUUUUAGCCUCAUCGAGUCACUGAAAUUUUGGAGGACCCGCUUUCUGCUUCUGCCUGCCUGCAUCAGCGCCACGAAGCGCAUCAUGGAAGGAGAAGUGCACUGUGAUGUGUAUGGUGACAAGCCCCGCUCUGAUGAGGAGGAGUGGCAGCUCCUAGAUGGAUUCAUUCGCUUUGUGGAGGGUUUGAACCGCAUUCGUCGACGCCAUCGAUCUGAUCGAAUGAUUCGAAAAGGAUCUGCCAUGAAAGGCUUGCAGAUUGCUGGUCCCAUUCCCACCCACUCUCUGGAGCAGUCUGGGCCUCCUAUUGGGAAGAAAGGAACCUCGGCACUCUCGGCUCUACUGGAGAUGGAGGCCAGUCAGAAGACGCUGGGGGAGCAGCAAGCAGCAGUGCUUUCUGGGAAGAGCUCUGGGCAGCCUUCAGAGAGCGGGAGCAUUGCUAUCACACCCAGCUAUAUGGACAGCCCUCGCAAGGAUGGGGCCUUCUUUAUGGAUUUUGUUCGCAGUCCACGUACAGCUUCAGCCUUCUACUCACAGGUCUCUAUAGAUCAGUCAGUCCCUGCAGCCUCAGACGGCAGCACAUCAAUGAACACGGGGCAGUUACCUGAUCGGGGCAACACUCCAGCCCCGGGAAGUUCCCAGAGUGUUGGAGAGCAAGGAUGUGCCACAGCCAAUGCUGCAGAGGGCAGCUCACAGCAGUGUUCAGCAAGCUCUCUGACUUCCUCCUCCACCCUGAUAGAGAUUCUUGAAGCCAUGAAACACCCCACCACAGGGAUCCAGCUGCUCUCUGAACAGAAGGGGCUCUCCCCGUGCUGUUUCAUCAGCGCGGAAGUGGUGCACUGGCUGGUGAACAAUGUGGAAGGGGUGCAGACCCAGGCCAUGGCCAUUGACAUCAUGCAGAAAAUGCUAGAAGAGCAGCUUAUUGUCCAUGCCUCUGGAGAAGCUUUACGAACCUUUAUUUAUGGUUUUUAUUUUUACAAGAUUGUUGUGGACAAAGAACCAGACCGAGUGGGCAUGCAGCAGCCUGCCAUGUGGCACACGGCUGCCAUGGAUGACUUCUCCGCCUUCCAGAGGAAAUGGUUUGAGGUGGCGUUUGUGGCAGAGGAGCUCCUGCACUCAGACAUCCCUGCGUUCUUCCUGCCCUGGCUGCCCAGCCGCCCAGCCUCCUAUGCAAGUAGGCACAGUUCCUUUAGCCGCAGUUUCGGAGGACGGAGCCAGGCAGCGGCACUCUUAGCUGCCACAGUGCCUGAGCAACGGACAGUGACGCUCGAUGUGGAUGUGAAUAACCGCACAGACCGCUUGGAGUGGUGCAGUUGUUAUUACCACGGCAACUUCUCCCUCAACGCGGCCUUCGAAAUCAAGUUGCACUGGAUGGCGGUGACUGCAGCUGUUCUUUUUGAGAUGGUUCAGGGCUGGCAUCGGAAAGCCACGUCCUGUGGUUUCUUGCUUGUUCCGGUCUUGGAAGGCCCGUUUGCACUGCCCAGUUACUUAUACGGGGACCCACUUCGAGCCCAGUUGUUCAUCCCACUCAACGUUAGCUGCUUGUUGAAGGAGGGUAGUGAGCAUUUGUUUGAUGGCUUUGAACCAGAAACAUACUGGGACCGGAUGCAUCUCCUUCAGGAAGCGAUAGCGUACAGAUUUGGAUUUGUGCAAGAUAAAUACUCGGCCUCUGCAUUCAACUUCCCAGCUGAGAACAAACCCCAGUACAUUCAUGUCACAGGGACGGUGUUUCUGCAGCUACCGUAUUCCAAGCGGAAGUUUUCCUGUGGGCAGCAGCGACGUCGGCGCAACUCCACGAGCUCCAGCAACCAGAACAUGUUUUGUGAAGAGCGCAUUGGCUACAACUGGGCCUACAACACCAUGCUGACGAAAACAUGGCGGUCCAGUGCCACUGGGGAUGAGAAGUUUGCCGAUCGGCUGCUGAAAGACUUCACAGACUUCUGCUGGAAUAAAGACAGCCGGCUAGUGACGUUUUGGACUGAUUGUCUAGAUAAGAUGCAUGCUAGUGCUCCGUGACGUAGGGUUGUAUCUCACAGAGAGACAGCUAGAAGCUUUACCUUGUGGCAAGGAAGUAGAGGUGAAGGAUGACUGGAAAAGAGCCUCUCUGUGGGACCCAUCUUGAGGCUCUGGGAGGACCUGAUCGAUAUUGCUGUUGAUGUUCAACAGAAGUUGAUUAAGGCCUUGGAAAAGGAAUCUGAGCUUUUGGCUAGCCAAUAUCUCCUGACCUCAGCUUGGUUUCAAGUAGCUGCAGUCCUCGAUUGCCAAAUCUUCAUUUAGAGCAGAGCUGAAGGAGGACGAGGGCGAAUGGUGGUGUUCCAGGGCAGUUAGAUUCAGCACAGGGUGUGAUGGCAGCAGCUUUACCAUCACUGGAAAUGGGGGAUCCGAUGUGCCUGACAGCAGCCUGCCUCUCCCUUUUGAGGUAUACUGGGUCGUGUGAAUAUGUAAAAUAAAUUGAUAGUUGCUUGUUAAAUUUCACACAUGUAAAUAAGUAAAAAAAGCAGAAAAUAAAGCAAGCUGCUGUUUUGUUGUAACUCCAGACAGCAAUAUGGAAUUGGGGAGUGAAGGAGGAUAAUUGCCAAAAGGAAAUGCUGCUUCUGAUGUCCAGCAUGAUGGUAAAAUACACAAAGUUCAGUGGUGGGGCUUUGUUCUUUAAGUACCCAAGACUAGCUCUGGAUCUAGAGCAGUGGCGUGCAAAAGGAGCAAGAAGCCAGUUACUGUCCUGUGAGGCCUAAGGAGAAACCAAGGGCAGCUGAACACGAGGGGAACGAGGAACACUGUGAGCAGAGUUUUAAGUUACAUCUGCAUGCAGCAAAAUGAAGAUACCUGCCCUCAAGUAUGUAGUGUCUGUGUCUGCAGAGCAAGCUCGAGAGUGGCACAGGGACCUGGCGUGAGGUGGUUAUUUCAGGGGGGCUCAGGACCUGCACCUGGCAGUGCUGUGAGGGGGGAGGAUCUCUCUGGCUGCCAGGUGGCUAUGAUCGAUGUUUGUAGGUUGCUAGAUAAGAGAGAAUUUGUGAUCAGCUGAGUUAUGCCUAAUUGCUGCAGCUGUGAGAUUCUUAGACGUGGCAAAUCACCGGGGUAGCUGCUAACGAGGUGAGAAGGGUAUAUAAAGCCUUGCUUGGGCUUAAUGAGAGGGCAGUCCUUAGAGCACUCAAGCGGUUAGGUAGCUACAAAUGUCUGUCCUUGAUGAACUGAGGUCAGCAGAGAGCUGGCGCCUUCACGGGGGUGUUCAGACCUAAGGCAAGGAGAAUCUUAGCUACUUCAGUUUUAUCCCCGGGUGAUCUUUUAUUGACCAGUGCCCACCUAGAAACGGAGGGUUUGAGCUGCUUGCCUCUUCAUUUGGCUCAUUUGAGCGUGCCAGAAGGAUCAGAUCAGAGAGAGUCAGUCAUAGAGGUUGGAAAAGACCUCUAAGCUCAUCCAAUGCAAGCAUCAGCCCAACCCCACUGUGCCUACUAAGCCCUGGCCCUAAGUGCCACAUGUGCUUGCUUUUCGAACCCCUCCAGGAGUGAAGACUCCACCACUGUCCCGCACAGCCUCUGCCAGGGCUUCACCAUUUUCAGUAGAGAAAUUUUCCCCAAUAUCCAAUCUAAACCUGCGCUGGUGCAGUGUGGGGCCAUUUCUUCUCAUCAUUUGGGAGAAGAGCCCAGCAGUCGAGAGCGAUGAGGUGUCCCCUCACCUCUUCUCCAGGCUAUAGAGGCCAAGAUGAUCCCUCACCGCUCUCAGGACCCCCGUUCUCCAGCUCCGUUCCCCUCUCCGGACACCCUCAGCCCCUCCGCGCGGUCGGCCCCCGCUCGCAGGGGCGGGCGCUGGGCAGGGCCGGGGCAGCGGCGCCGCGAGGGACGAGCGGGGUCUGCGCUCCAGGUAAACCACAGGUUUUCCACCUUUUUUCCCCGGCGCAGGGGUUGGGGUUUGACCCCCGGGCACCGGGGCGGAGGGGUCUGGUUUUCCAAGGCGAAAUGAUUGAAAAGCACGGGUUUCAGUUACUCUU